UGAUCUUACAUCACUGAAGAACCUAACCGCAUGAGACCCCAUUCAUCAUUAUGAGUUCAACUAUCUACCUGAUAACUGGAGCAAGUCGAGGAAUCGGUCACGGCCUCGUCAAGCUCCUCAUAUCCCGGCCCAAUUGCACCAUCAUCGCCGCCGUCCGCGACCCGUCUGCGGAUACCGCGCAGGCUCUCCUCACCCUCGCAGCCGGCGAAGGCUCCCGGCUCAUCGUCGUCAAGAUUGACGCUGAGUCCGACACCGACGCCCACAAAGCCAUUCAGCACCUCCAGGAAAAGGAAAACAUCGACCACCUCGACGUCGUGGUUGCUAAUGCGGGCUACUACGACGACGACUACCGGCUCGAGGACGUCCCGCUGCACAAAGUCCAGCGCCACCUGGACGUCAACACCGUCGGCCUGAUCCGGCUCUUCCAAGCAGCGUUCAAACCUCUGGGCAGGAGUCCGCAGCAGCAGCCAAAGUUCGUGACGAUCAGCAGUUUCUUGGGCAGCAUCGCGGGGCUGGCGGAGGAGUACUUUCCUGGUGGGGGUUAUGGCGCCAGUAAAGCCGCGGCGAAUUGGAUCACAAGGAAAAUUCAUGUGGAGAAUGAGAGAUGGGUGAGCUUUAUGGUUCAUCCAGGGUUCGUCAAGACUGCGAUGGGUAACGCGGCCGCUAAAAGUAUUGGGUUGGAGUCUGCUUUUAGUGAGGUUGAUGAUUGUGCUAGUGGGAUUGCCAAGCUGAUCGAUGGCGCAACGAGAGAUUCUGUGGGGGGUCGAUUCAUUACUGUCAAGGGCGAGGAUAUGGCUUUCUGAUGAUCCCUAUAGUAAAGUCAUGUGAGACUAAUAGAGUGGUAACUAUACUGCGAUGCGAUUGAUAGUGGUAGCUAUACUGUGAUGCGAUUGAUUGUUGCUGAUGGUUCAAAGAUACAUGGAUGUACCCGACAGGGUCCGGGUUGUGGUGCCUGAGGGUAAAACACAACUCUAUACCUUUUCUCACAAUCCCACAAUACAUGCCUGAAUCCCUUCGCUU